UUGGUUUGUGCGGUGCCCUUUCCCACUGUCUUUCUUUCUUUCUCUUUUUUUCUUUCUUCUACAUUUAUUCUUCUCUCUGCUCUCACCUCUGCAACUGAAACAAUCAGCAUACACUCAUAACCCUAUUUUGUAAUAUACACACUAUUCAUAUUAAGCACAUAAUACAAAACAAAAAAGAACCAAAUCACAUAUACCAUCAUCAUCAUAUAUAAUAAGAUUAUCCUCUCUCAGUGUCGCUGAUGGAGGAUCAAGCGAAUCAAGCGCCACCGCAGCACGAUGAAGAGGAGGAUUCUAAGAAGGAAGAAGAUGAAUUGGUAACGAAGGUUAACAAACUCAUGGAGAAGAUCACUUCCACGCCUGAUAACCCUAACGCCACCGUUCUCCACGCUCUUGCCUCCAUUCUCGAAACGCAAGAGUCAAGAUACAUGGAUGAGAAUGGCCAUUCUUCCUCCAGUACUGCCCGUGCCGCUCAUGUCAUUGGUCGUCUUGGAGGUUUAAUUCGGGAAAAUGAUGAGUUUUUUGAGUUGAUAUCUUCAAAGUUUCUGUCAGAGACAAGAUACUCAACUUCUGUUCGAGCUGCUUCUGGAAGACUUCUCCUAUGCUGUUCACUAACAUGGAUUUAUCCUCAUGUUUUUGAAGAACCGGUCAUGGAAAACAUAAAAAAUUGGGUGAUGGAUGAUAACACUGGGCUGUCUUCUGAAGAGCAGAAUCUGAAGCAUAGUUCCGGGAGAAGGGAGGCAUCAGACUCUGAAAUGUUGAAAACCUACUCUACUGGACUCCUUGCUGUUUGUUUGGUUGGUGGAGGUCAAAUUGUUGAAGAUGUAUUGACAUCUGGCUUGUCAGCUAAGCUUAUGCGAUAUCUUCGUUUACGUGUUCUGGGAGAGACAAGUAGCAAUCAGAAAGAUGUUACUCAUAUGACAGAGAGUAGGCAUGCAUCUGCGAAUACUUCAGGGAGAGCUAGAGAUGACGGUCGUGGCAGAUUUCGCCAGCUCCUUGAACCAAAUCAUUUGGAUGAUACUAGGAUGAUUGAUGAGAGAUCUUUAGAUGAUGUAAGUCUUGAAAGGGCUCCAGAUAGAAGCAUUAGUGGACAAACACAUCAAGAAGGAUCUUGGAUAGAAGGUGAACCACCUGAUGGGCUUGGUGAAGGUGUUGAUGUCCAGGAGGUAGAUUCUGAUGGGGAAGAUAGAUGGCGUUACAGAGAUAUACGUGAUGGAAGGAUAAAAUACAGUGAGCAUGAUGACAAUGUUAGAGAUGACUCUUCAAGGCGGCGUUCAAACCGUGGAUGGGGAAGAUCUAAAGGGAAAGGAAGGGUCACUGAAGGGACUGUAGAGAGUGAUUCCAUUUUAUCAUCUCCUGGUUCUGGUAGUAGAUUAGUACAGGGUCGGAGAGAUAGAAGCGUAAUGAGGAAUGCUGAUUUUAGGAGGGUGGCUGAGUCUAAGAAGACCCUUGGCAGGAUCUCUUUGGAGUCUUCUGGUUUUGAAAGAGAUGAUCACGAUGAUUGUUUCCAUGAAUGCCGAAUUGGAAAUAAAGAUAUAACUGAUCUUGUCCGGAAAGCAGUUCAAGCUGCUGAAGCUGAAGCCAGAUCAGCCAAUGCACCCGAAGAAGCUGUCAAAGCAGCUGGUGAUGCUGCUGCUGACCUGGUUAAAACUGCAGCUUCAGAGGAAUAUAAAUCCUCUGAUAAUGAAGAAGCAGCUUUUUUGGCUGCUUCUAAAGCUGCAUCAACUGUUAUUGAUGCUGCAACUGCAGUUGAAGUUUCAAGGAGUUCUAUUGGCAACAAUACUGUAACAGAGAACGAGAGUGGCAAAGAAACAGAAACUAAUGAGGAUGUGGAAGAGUACUUCAUCCCAGAUACUCAAUCACUUGCACAGUUGAGGGAAAAAUAUUGCAUUCAGUGUCUUGAGUUACUUGGAGAAUAUGUAGAAGUACUUGGCCCUGUGUUGCACGAGAAGGGAGUUGAUGUGUGUCUUGCACUUCUGCAGCAGAAUUCUAAACAUCGGGAGCCAUCCAAGGUUGCUUUGCUGUUGCCCGAUGUCAUGAAGCUAAUAUGUGCUUUGGCUGCACAUAGGAAAUUUGCUGCACUUUUUGUGGACCGAGGGGGAAUGCAAAAGCUUCUUGCUGUCCCUAGAAUGGCACAGACUUUCUUUGGUCUUUCUUCUUGUCUAUUCACUAUUGGCUCUCUUCAGGGUAUAAUGGAAAGGGUUUGUGCUCUUCCAUCACAAGUUGUUUAUCACGUUGUUGAGUUAGCUCUACAACUUCUUGACUGCAAUCAAGAUCAAGCCCGUAAGAAUGCAGCAUUGUUUUUUGCUGCUUCGUUUGUCUUCAGAGCUGUUCUUGAUGCCUUUGAUUCCCUAGAUGGAUUACAGAAAUUACUGGGCCUUCUAAAUGAUGCUGCUUCUGUAAGAUCAGGAAUAAAUUCUGGAGCCUUGAGUUUAUCUAACUCAGGAUCACUUCGAAAUGAUCGAUCAUCUGCAGAAGUGCUGACAUCAUCUGAGAAGCAGAUAGCCUAUCACACUUGUGUUGCUUUGAGGCAAUAUUUCAGGGCCCAUCUCCUUGUGUUAGUGGACUCCAUUCGUCCUAACAAGAGCAAUCGUAGUGCUGCUAGAAAUAUUCCAAGUGUAAGGGCUGUGUACAAGCCCCUUGAUAUUAGUAAUGAGGCAAUGGAUGGAGUAUUCCUACAAUUACAAAAGGACCGGAAGCUAGGUCCUGCAUUUGUUAGAACACGUUGGCUAGCUGUUGAGAAGUUCUUGGCAUCUAAUGGACAUGUUACCAUGUUGGAGUUAUGUCAGGCCCCACCAGUGGAGCGAUAUCUGCAUGAUCUGCUUCAGUAUGCUUUGGGUGUUCUGCACAUUGUUACAUUGGUACCUAGCAGUCGUAAGAUGAUCGUAAAUGUAACUUUAAGCAACAAUCGUGUUGGUAUUGCGGUAAUUUUGGAUGCUGCAAAUAUAGCUAGUAAUCAUGUGGACCCAGAGAUAAUUCAACCAGCACUAAAUGUUUUAGUCAAUCUUGUUUGCCCUCCUCCUUCAAUAAGCAAUAAACCGGCUAUGGUUGCACAAGGUCAGCAGUUGCCAUCCUCCCAGACAUCUAAUGGUCCUCCCUCAGAGACUAGAGAUAGAAAUGCUGAACGAAGUGUUUCAGAUCGAGGUGUUCACUCUACUAGCCAGAUUGAUCCUAGGGAGAGGAAUGGGGAGUCCAAUGCUAUAGAUCGAGGCAAUGCUGCAAGCUUAAGUACACAGGCUGUUGGUAGUACUCCACAAACUCCAGUUGCUUCUGCAACUUCUGGAUUGGUUGGCGACCGAAGAAUAUCUUUGGGUGCAGGAGCAGGUUGUGCAGGCCUUGCUGCACAACUGGAACAAGGAUAUCGUCAGGCAAGAGAGACUGUCCGAUCCAAUAAUGGUAUAAAGGUUCUUCUUCAUCUCCUCCAACCACGAAUAUAUUCACCUCCUGCUGCACUGGACUGUCUUCGGGCCCUAGCAUGUCGAGUCUUGCUUGGAUUAGCCAGAGAUGAUACAAUUGCACACAUAUUGACAAAGCUCCAGGUUGGGAAAAAGCUGUCAGAACUGAUUCGGGAUUCUGGUAGCCAAACUCCUGGAACGGAGCAGGGUAGGUGGCAAGCUGAACUUUCCCAGGCUGCCAUUGAGCUUAUUGGGAUUGUGACUAAUUCUGGCCGUGCAAGUACAUUAGCUGCUACUGAUGCAGCUACUCCUACUUUAAGGCGCAUAGAAAGAGCAGCUAUUGCUGCUGCUACUCCUAUUACUUACCAUUCAAGGGAACUUUUGCUUCUAAUUCAUGAACACCUACAGGCAUCUGGAUUGGCACAAACUGCUUCUAUGUUGCUUAAAGAGGCACAGUUUACUCCUUUGCCAUCAUUGGUUCCUGCCUCUUCUCUUCCACAACAGCCCACAACACAGGAAGCUUCUUCAACACAAAUUCAGUGGCCCUCUGGUCGUACUCCUUCUGGAUUUCUCUCUAACAAAUUAAAGUUUAACUCAAAGGAUGAGGAUCCCGUCUUCAAAAGUGAAUCUGUCUCUGCAAAGAAAAAAUCACUAACUUUCUCAUCAUCUUUUCAUUCAAGACUCCAACUUCUUGAUUCUCAACAAUCAUCUGUGAGGAAAUUGUCAAAUACUGUUAAAGAAUCUUUAGAAACUAGUGUAGUAGAGACUGGAUCGGAAUCUUCAGUGAAACAUAACAUUGAUAAUGGAUCUCAGUUUAAGACUCCAGUAGCUGUGCUAGCAAAACGGAAGUUAUCUGAUUUGAAGGACAUAUCAAUGUUUUCUUCAUCUGGAAAACGAUUAAAUGUUGGGGAUCAAGGACUCCGCUCUCCUAUUUGUUCAAGUGCAAUUCGUAAAAGCAGCCUGCAACCUGAUGCAGUUGGACUUUUCACCCCAACUUGUAACGUGAAAAAUCAACAUAGCCGUUGUACGGGUGACUUGGUGGACGAGAAUCAGUGCAGUAUGUCAAAUCUAUGUCAGAUGACACCAUCCUCCCAAGUUUUAAACGACCUUCAGCCCAGCAACCCUGAGCGUGUAACAUUAGAUUCUCUAGUGGUUCAGUAUUUGAAGCAUCAACAUCGCCAAUGUCCAGCUCCUAUCACAACACUUCCUCCACUGUCACUUCUGCACCCGCAUGUCUGUCCUGAACCAAAGCGAAGCCUUGAUGCGCCUUCUAAUGUGACCGCAAGGCUUGGUACACGCGAGUUUAAAUAUAUGUAUGGUGGAGUACAUGGGAAUCGCAGGGAUCGUCAAUUUGUUUACAGUCGGUUUAGGCCUUGGCGAACAUGUCGGGAUGAUGCUGGUGCCUUGUUAACAUGCAUUACAUUUGUUGGGGACUCCUCUCAUAUUGCUGUUGGAAGCCAUAAUGGGGAGCUCAAAUUUUUUGAAUCCAACAACAGCAAUGUAGUAGAGAGUUUCACAGGUCAUCAGGCUCCUUUGACUCUUGUUCAGUCUUUUGUUUCAGGCGAGACCCAGCUAUUACUUUCUUCAAGCUCCCAAGAUGUUAGAUUGUGGGACGCAACUUCAAUUUUAGGUGGUCCUAGCCAUUCAUUUGAAGGGUGCAGGGCAGCCAGGUUUAGCAAUUCUGGGAAUGUUUUUGCAGCCCUGUCAUCAGAAUCUUCCCGACGGGAGAUCCUCUUGUAUGAUAUCCAAACAUGUCACUUAGAGUCGAAGUUGACAGAUACAUUUGCAACUUCUACAGGGCGUGGUCACGUUUAUUCUUUAAUCCAUUUUAAUCCUUCUGACUCAAUGCUUCUUUGGAAUGGUGUCUUGUGGGAUCGACGUGUCUCUGGUCCUGUUCAUCGCUUUGAUCAGUUUACAGAUUAUGGUGGUGGAGGCUUUCAUCCUGCUGGCAACGAGGUUAUUAUAAACUCUGAAGUCUGGGAUCUGCGCAAGUUCAGAUUGCUACGCAGUGUGCCUUCAUUGGAUCAAACAUCAAUAACAUUCAAUGCGCGUGGUGAUGUAAUGUAUGCUAUCUUAAGGAGAAAUCUUGAGGAUGUAAUGUCAGCAGUCCACACUCGACGCGUCAAGCAUCCUCUUUUUUCAGCUUUCCGCACAGUGGAUGCAGUUAAUUAUUCUGACAUUGCAACUAUCCCUGUGGAUCGCUGUGUUCUUGAUUUUGCAACUGAGCCUACAGACUCAUUUGUUGGGCUGAUUACCAUGGAUGAUCAGGAUGAGAUGUAUGCUUCUGCCAGAAUAUAUGAAAUUGGUCGUCGGAGGCCAACGGAUGAUGAUUCCGAUCCUGAUGAUGCUGAAAGUGAGGAGGAGGAUGAGGAUGACGACGAUGAUGAUGGUGAUGUUGAUCCUCUUUUAGGCCCUGGUCUUGGUGGGGAUAGUGGCAGUGAUGCUGAUGAUAUGAGCAAUGAUGACGAGGAGGAUGAUAGUGUGAGUGAUCUUGAUGAAGAUGAGGAUGGAGAUUUUAUUUUGGAUGAUGUAGACUUUGAUGGUGGACCUGGCAUAUUGGAGAUCGUGACAGAAGGUGACGAAGAUGAUGAUGAUAGUCAGGUACUUGAAUCCUUAAGUAGUGAUGAUGAGGAUUUUGUGGGUAAUGGCUUUGGGUAUUAAUUUUUAAUCGAGGAUAAGCUGUAAUUAUUUUCUUUCUUCAUUAUAUUCAUUUUUGAGCGAAAUGUCAAUUAUUUUGGCUCAAAAUUUUGCUGUUAUCUUUCACCUUUAUGUCAUGCGAAUUUAUUACGCCGGAAGGUUUAGAAAUGCAGUUGUAUAUAAUAAUUGUUACAAACCGCAGUUCUACCGAGAGCCACUUUGUGGUCCUCCGUGCUAUGAUCUAAUAGAGGAAGAAGGAAGAGUCUACUCCUUAACUGUAUUUAUCAACCA